AUGGAGCGUGCAGAAAUCGAAAGGAUGCUUGACCAGGAAGUGAGUUGGGCAAAUGCACCGCCAGCGCCGAUUCCUGGGAUGGGCUACAUCGACCCGAAGAUAAAGCGCGACUUUACAUCGUUUGAUGGGAGUCUUGAGGAUGUGGUUCCGAAGCAACUGCACACAGACCUUCUUGAUGCACUUGGGAUUGACUUUAUGGAGUUGGUGAUAAAAGACAUAGAGAGCGUGCAAGAAAAAGCAGCAGAGGAAUGCACAGUGGCCAACGACAACAAAAAUGAGGUUUUUGAAAGAGAAAGGCUAAAGAUAAGCAUGAGCAAGAUAUUUGACUACCAGAAGUAUAUGCAAGAGUCUUUUGAGGAUGUCAAUGCAAUAGUGCAUCCCACAGACAAGAGCAUCCGAAUUGAGGCGGUCUAUGAAUUGUUUCCAGAUACAAAUGCAGAAAGCGUGAUUGUUCAGUCUGAAUGUGAGGAUGUAACUGAAUGCACAUUCAGCAUUGAGCAAGAUGAAUCGUCCAGUUUGUUUGCAAAGGUAUUGAUGGCUGAUGGCAAGGUAUUUGCAUGUCUUCCUCAAAGAACAGAUGAGUACAUUGCUUUGCGUGUAGAGGACGGUGUAGCUUACUACACGAGUGUGACAACACUUUACCGACUGCAAGAGCAAAGAAAGCAGAAAAAGAACAGCUGA